AUGUCCACCCUCAAGUUUGCGCCUUGGCUGAGUGAUGUCGAUGUCCAGUUCUAUGCCGCCCUAGCACAUAUCAAGAUCAACCAUGACAGACUCGACGAUUCCGCGCGUAAGGUGCUCGGCUUGUAUGAAGUUCGUCCUGGAGAGCAUUCGUCGCGAUCUAUGCGCGUGCAGAUACACCCCAACGCCCUGACUUCAGACGACACCCCUCCCACUUUCUGCCGCGCCGAAGGCAUCAUCAAGAACUGCAACACCAUAGAAGACUACAAGAACCUCGAUCGCGCCGCCAUACUCGAACGAUGCGCCCAAACGAUAUGGGACGCCAUACACGACGGCUCCAUAUACGAAUGCCCCUCGCUUCUCUCCUCCUUCACAGCCAUUAUAUUCGCCAACCUCAAGAAAUACAAGUUCACCUAUCACUUUGGCUUCCCUGCCAUACAAUCCGACCCACCGUGGAAACAAAUAGGAGAGGCUACGAGGCUGCAGGCCAGAGAGACUACAUACCUGGUGGAUGCGGUACAGACGUGGCGCUACAGCUCUGAUGUCCGCCAAAGAGGCUUUUUCCUAGCAAAGCGCAUACAAGGAGGGGGCGACCCAGAGGAGAGGCCAAAAACACCAGUCUCGCCACUCGAAGAGUUUGGAUAUAUCUGGGCCAUAGGUAGACUCGAGGCCUAUGAAAAGGGCUUCUUCGAUAAAGUCGAUAGUCGCGAUCGCUUCAUCUGUUUCGCAGACCCCUCUACCUACGAAUCCAAUCCUGGCUGGCCUCUCCGCAAUCUUCUCGUCUUGAUGCGGCAUCGAUGGCAUCUGAAUGAUGCUCAGAUCAUGUGUUAUCGCGACACCCAUACACGGCGCGACCAGCCCAACUCUCUCAUCCUACAACUACGUGCAGACCCCACUCCCGAUGCGGCACCCACCUCGGAAGCAUCAGAAAGUCGCCCACGGACGCCAAAGCUACCCAAAGUGACGGGCUGGGAACGGACUGAAGCUGGCAAGUUGACAUCGCGAAACGUGGACCUGUCCGAAUACAUGGAUGAGCGCAAACUCGCUGACCAAGCUGUCGAUCUCAACCUAAAGCUGAUCAAGUGGCGCAUAGCUCCCACCAUCGAUUUGGAUGUCAUCAAGAAUUGCAAGUGUCUACUGCUCGGAGCGGGAACACUAGGUACAUACGUGUCAAGAACGCUGAUGGGAUGGGGUGUGAGGAAGAUUACCUUCAUCGACAACGCAACAGUCAGCUUCUCGAACCCUGUACGGCAGCCUCUCUUCAACUUUGAUGAUUGCCUCAAAGGCGGUGCAAAGAAAGCCGAAAGAGCGGCAGCGGCCUUGCAAGAAAUCUAUCCAGGCGUCGAUGCGACCGGGCACGUCAUGGAAGUACCCAUGCUGGGUCAUCCGAUGACUGACAGCGCCAAAACGAAGACCGAGUUCGAGAAGCUGCAGAGGUUGAUCAGUGAGCACGACGCCAUCUUCCUGCUUAUGGAUACACGAGAAAGUAGAUGGCUACCAAGUCUCAUGGGCAAGGCUUACGGAAAGAUCGUUCUCAAUGCCGCGCUAGGCUUCGACACUUACGUGGUCAUGCGACAUGGCCUAAAGGCCACGCAAGAGGGAGAGGUGGAGCUAGGAUGCUACUUCUGCAACGAUUCCCUAAGCAACGCCACCCUCGACCAACAAUGCACCGUAACCCGCCCUGGCGUGGCGCCCCUCGCAUCCAGCCUGCUCGUCGAACUCCUCAUGUCUAUCCUCCAACACCCUUCAAAAGCAUGUGCACCACCUCCCUCGCAGCAAAACUCAAAAUCUGCCCCAGCCCCCACACCAUCUCAUCCCGCACUACCACCACCCUUCCAACAUCCUCUUGGCACCAUACCCCACACGAUACGAGGCUACCUCUCGACCUUUUCGAAUAUACAAGUAGAAGGGAAGCCCUAUGAUUGCUGCUCAGCGUGCAGUGACAGGGUGCUCGAGGCUUACAACGCCAAUCCCUGGGAGUUCGUCUCUAGGGCGUUGAACGAAAAAGGGUGGGUUGAGGAGAUGAGUGGCUUAAAGGAGGUACAAAGACGAGCUGAUGAGGCGGCGGCAGAUGUAGAAUGGGAUGAGGAUGAAGGAGGAUUGGACGAAGAGGGCGAGAUGCUUUGA